CUUUAUCUAUUAAAGUUUACCUAUAGAUAUCAUAUCAAGUAUCGUUACGCAUUGUAGUUUUUUUAAGUUUACAUUGAAUAAUAGUUGGGUGUAAAAGGGAGUUAUUUUAUAUAAGAUAAUUAUAGAAUAUCAAGCUUGUUACACUUUUUCUAUUGUGUUGAUAUAAGCUUCAGGAGAAUAUUUUUAUAUAAACGGGCACUAGCAAAAAAUCAUGUGCGCACUAUAUAUUUGUAUAAACAGAACGUGACAAUUAUCCCUUGUUUGAAGUUCAGAUAAUUGCUGUAAUUCAUGCUUAAAACGUUCGAUUAAGAUUUGAUUUGUGCAAAACAACUCAAUAUGGAAGUCCCGGAAGAAAAGCUUCUGAUGAUGAGGAACAAGUUAAGGAAGAACUUGGAAAGGAAUGCGAACCAUGCAAGGAUGAACAUGUUGGAACCACAGCGAAUGGGCUAUGUCGCGAAUGUGAAGAAUAUAUGUGCAACAAAUGCUUUCGGCAUCAUUUGAAAGCAAAGCAAUGCAGAAAUCACGUUCUGGUUGACACAAAAAGAGUAUCUUUGAUAGCGGCCAUUAAAGACAGAAAUGCCAGUUUACUGACCACGCUAGAGCAGGAUUGCCAACUUCUUUCCUCUAAAAUAACUGAAACUGAACAGAAACUAAACACAGAACUGUACUCUGACAGUGCCCUGUUUAUUCAGACGGUAAAUUGCAAGCCCUUAGUUCUUGCCAUUAAGCAGGGAGUAUCUGGAGUGCAAACAGCAAAUUGUAUCAAAGAAUUUGAAUUUGUACCAGAAAAGCAGAUGCAGCAUCUGUGUAGCUCCGUACACAAUUUCGGACGAAUUACAACUUCAGUUAGAAAAGUAAAUGCCAGUUUAGAAGCUAUAAAACUGCCUUUUGGAGGACAAGACAAGUCCGUUGUUCUUGUGGAGGAGCCUGUAUCUAAAAGCAAUUACCAAGAGAAAAAGGAAUUGAAAGUAGCUCCAUUAUUUGUUGUCGGUGCAUAUGUACGCGCAUCCAACUGGAUGCCGAAAGGCACAUAUAAGGAACAUAGAAAUCAGCCUGAAACUGUAACCACUGUAAACCGAAACUAUGGUACAUGUAAUGUCUGCGUGAAAUGGGAUGCAACAGGAUAUACUGGAAAUUAUCUCACUUCAGAUGUUAAGCUUAUUUAAACAUUUUUUUCACCUUGCGUGGUAAUGCUAUCAUAGCUUUGUUUGACAAAUAAAUUGUAUAAUAAUUGUUCAUGUCCUGGAAGUUAUCACUAUACUGUUUUUUAUCAUGUUAAACUGGGACAAAAAUGUAUUAAUUGUAUUUCAAGUACGUAUAUGGAGAACAUCAUGACUAUGUAAUUACUAAUGAAAGGUGGUGAACAAUUCUUCUUACUUAAAAAUUCAGGCUGGAAUGAAAAAUAUCAGUACAGGAUUUUGUUGCCAAACUAAAUAGCACUCCCAUAGGCAGGUCAUUUGAUAAUUCGGCUGGUAGACUGUAUAUUUUCUAAAAUGAUAGUAGUACUGACAUGAGUUUUGACCGGCUCCGUUGGGUAUUUGAAUGCUAAAUGUAUUUUUAUUUUUAUCACAAUCUUUAAGAGAAAUUAAAGAAGAGAGUCCUGGUAUCAAUUUCUGCAGGAAAUAGUCCGACAACGAAAACGUCUCAGUCUUAUAGAAGCGGCUACCAGAAAAGACAAAAAUAUCGCAUUAAACAAAUGUAAUAGAAUGAAAGUUGACGGAAAAGUGUACACGACGGGGAUUACGGUAAAGCUGAAGAGGAUAAACAGGAGGGCGACGUACAAAUAUGUAUAUGGAAUUGUAACGGCUUAACGACUUAAAAAAAGCUCAAAACGAUGAUUGUGUGCGGGUACAAGCACAAUAUGAAAUUAAUUUAUACUGAAAUUGCUAAAACCCUAGUACGACCGACAUGUACAGCUAUAUUUGUAAACAUUUGUUCAGACAGUUUAAAAAUAGAAACGCAAAACAAAACAGCGGUGUCAUUGUGGUUUACGCUUAUAGACAUGAUAAUGAUAGAAGUGUAUCAAAAUUGUGAAAAGGUACAAUUGAGUACAAUGUAAGAUAGUGUUGUGUGGAUUUUUUCGGAUUAAUACAUGAAAAAAUACUUACGCGGCGCUUAUGUAUUGUGCUACAGUUCACCGGCAUACAAUAUUGUAAAUGUAAACCUUUUUGAAAUUUUACAAUAAGGUAUGAAUUUCAGUAAAUAGGCAUGUGAUUUUAACGGAAGGACAUGCUUAAAGCCAGAUUAUAUGCCAAAUAAUAAAAUGCAUGAUGGAAUAAAUGCUGUAACCUACAGUGUUGGUGUACCACUCAAAUGUUUUUCAGCGGUUUUUCAGUUAGUAUCUACCAUUGACUACAGUCAAUACACUUUUGUAAGGCAAUGUAAUGGGAGACUUUAUAAGACGGACCAAUAUACUUUCUAUAGCGAAACAGGACUCGGUGUUUACUAGCAAAUAGUGACGACAUUACGUCAAUAAUAUCAUUUCAAGUGUUUGUUUUCAAUACGUUUUCAGAUCACGGACACAUUUGCUUUUCUGUUUCGGCUGAAAGAUCAAUAUGAUCAUCAAAUGAUGAUCUUAUCAAUAAAUUUUUCAUGGAAUAUUUAUUGAUCAUUUAACACACUUGUUAAAUUUGAUUUUUGACAGUGGUUACUUUCCAGGAAAAUAGAUGCAAGGUUUGCUUAUCCCAGGUGACGAAAAUGAUACAAAUAAUUAUCGAUAAGCUGUUUAGCUAAUCUGCUAGUAUUAAUAAUAUUUUAUGAUUGUGAGUUAGAAAUAGACUUACUACGCAAUACUAUAAUUUGCAUUAAAUAUGUUUGUACUUCUACAAAAAUGUUAAAUGAAGAUGUGUUGUGUUAUAUGUAACAAUAUCAUUUUAUAUCAUUCUCAAUACUAUGCUUGAUAAUACUAUACCUUUGAAACAUUAUAAUAUCUAUAUGUAUAUAUGUUUAGACAUUGUAUUACAUUUUAUCAAACUUGUGGAAGGGAGCCAUAAUGGUUAAAAUUCUUGAAUUAUGAAAUUAACUAGACUUUUUCUUCUCUCUGUACGUAGAAUGUUUAGUUGUUUUCUGUUUACAUUAAAAAUUUACACCUUUGUAUUUUUGCAAGUGGUGUUCAACGGUUUUCCAAACGCAACACGUUUAUGUGUAUUUUUUGCGACUGUACAAAAACAGACUGACUAAAGUCAUUUGAGUUAUUUGAUAUUUAUGAAAUAUUGAAACGCCAAUCUACAUGUUUGCUUAAAUUUGCUAAGUUUAACGUACAUUUUGCAAGUUUAAGAUAUUGACAAGCUGUUUGUCCGGUAUUGUGUUAGCUGUUUUUUUUUUUCGGGAUUGAUUAACCCUUUUAGUUUAGUGUUGUGCUAGUUGUUUGGUUCGGUAUUGUGUUAGCUGUUUUAUUCGGUACUUAGUUAACCCUUUAAGUUUAGUGUUGUGCUAGUUGUUUUGUUUGGCAUUGUGUUAGCUUUUCUGUUCAGUACUCACUUGUUGUAGCUUCACGAUCCUAAAUUAAGUUCUUAUUCUGUUCAUAUUGCGUCUAAGACAAGAAUGAGAAACUUUUAUUAUUGUUCUUUUUAUUUCAUUGUUAAAACGAAGAAAGAGAACAUAAACGUCUGUAUAAAUUUACAACACUUGCCAUAUAUCAACGGGAGAUAAAUACAUUCAACUCAUAAAAUAUAUUAGAAGCUUUGGUCAAGCAGGCUUGAGAUUUAUUUAGUAGAAUGUGUACUAUAGGACAGUACAAUGUAUUGCAUUAAAUGGGACACAUGUGAAGGUUUAUUACACUGACUGAUUAUUCAAAAUAAAUAACGAAUAAACCUAAUAGAAUAACUGUUCGGGUUUAUGGUCAACAUAAACAUACAUAUUUACGUAGCAUAUAAAGUUUUCUUGAAAAAUAUUUAUAUUUAAAUAACAAGUGCAAAAGCCGUUUAUUUUCAGUUAUCGUAAUAUUUAUCUAGGUCAUAUAUCACCAUAUGUAUAUAUCACCACAUGUAUAGUACGCGAGUUUUAGACAAUCUCUGUCUGCUUUUUGUUUUACUUAGUUAAUAGACUCCUAAAUAUAUUUCUAUCAACAACAGAUUUUUAAGUUUGGUGCAUUUUUAUGUAACACUAUUCAUAAUUUUGUUUUACCGUGUUACGUUUUUGUGUAUAUUAUGCUUAUUGUUGUAAAUCAAAUUAACUAGAACAUUUUUUUAACCUUUGUAAUCAGAAGUUAAUUAGUUUAUACUAAUUUGUUUAAGCUCGAUUAUGAUGAAAGCUUCAAGCUUAUUAGAACCACUGUCGAGUCCGCUUUUUGGAAAAACCAGUACUGGUGUCAUAUGAGGUCAUGGUCGUGACCCCGUUGGGGCUUGACCCAAGACCCCUGGAUUGAGCGGACGACACCAUAUUCAACUCUUAGGAGUUAAUUCAUUUGUUAGUUUAUAUUGUGUGCGCUUUUUAUCGAGUAACUCUGUUGUUUAAUUGUUUCACGAUUGUAAUAAAAUAUAAAACACUUUGUUUCGCUUUUACAAAUC